CUUGAGCGCCAUGUUGCAACUACUCAAUCACAUACUGUUGUCCUACGUCUGCAUCGUUACCAUCUCUCUGUUUCUACGAAAAGGAGCAUCCGGCGUGCUCAAUGCGGUCAUCAAACGAAUCAGAGAUUUUCCCGGCGUCGACACCAUCAUCGACGUCUUGCUUGCGACGAAAGUUAGAGAUUUUGUCAGACAAAUCGACCGGACGGAUGAAAGCCAAGUCGCAUCACGACCUGUUGCUGUUAGGAUACCGGAGAAAGGGAUUCCUCACGAACAACUUCUAGUUGAAAUGCACAAUCUAAAAGGGCGGGAAGUUAAGCUGGAAGACGGAAGAGUGUUUGCCUACGUUUACACGAGCGAGGGCGAGCACUACGACUGCAUUCAACGAGCAUACGAGCUUUUCUCUGAAGGCACGGCUGCGGGAGAGUGUCAUGAUGGAUUAGUUGGCGAGUUUUCGAGAGCCUUCAUGCACGAGAAUGCUCUCAAUCCGAUGAUUUUUCCGGCACUGAGGAAAUUUGAAAAUGAAACGGUUGCGAUGACCGCGAGUAUGUUGCAUGGAGAUCACAACGUCGUUGGACUACUGACAUCUGGUGGCAGUGAAAGCAUCCUUUUAGCUGUGAAGACAUAUCGAGAUCGUGCCCGGACGCUCUUCCCUCACAUCACAAACCCAGAAAUAGUCGCUCCUAUUACGGUCCAUCCAGCGUUCGUCAAAGCAGCGAAAUACUUCGAUGUCAAGAUCGUUCACACUCCACUUGACGACAACUUCUGUCCUAAUCUUGGUCUAUACAAAGCAGCAAUAACACCCAACACUAUCCUCCUCGUGGCUUCUGCUCCUCAAUACUGCCACGGCAUUGUCGACCCGAUAGACAAGAUUGGAAAAAUUGCGAAUGAAUUUGGUCUCCCGCUUCACGUCGAUGCUUGUUUUGGAGGUUUCAUGCUUCCCUGGGUGGAAAAAUUGGGUUACGAAGUGCCCAUAUUUGACUUCAGGGUUGCUGCAGUUACCUCCAUGUCAGCAGACAUACAUAAAUACGGAUUUGGUUUAAAGGGUUCCAGUGUUCUGCUCUAUCGAAGUAAUGACAUCAGGAAGUAUCAAUAUUUUGCCUACUCCGAGUGGCCAGGAGGUUUGUUUGCGUCCCCAGGGUUGGCAGGAACACGACCAGGAGCAAACAUUGCCUCUUCAUGGGCAGCACUGAGAUCUAUGGGUGUGGAUGGUUACAUGCGUAAUGCUCAACAGCUAAUGAAUACAACAAAUAAGAUGAAAUCCACUAUUGAAGAUAUCAAGGGCUUGUGCAUCAUUGGACAACCUCAUAUGACUUCAUUCGCUAUCAGAUCAAACGACCCCGACGUUGACAUCCUUGCUGUAGCCGAAGUGAUGGAGUCACAAGGAUGGAAAAUGGAACGACAACAACUACCAAACUGUCUUCACUGUUCGGUGCUCCCGCACCACAUACCACACACCGACAAAUUCCUUGCCGCUCUCACACAGGCAGCAGAUACCGUACGGGGAAACAGGGAAUUCUCAACAAAAGGUUUAGCCGGUGUCUAUGGCAUGGUAGCCAAGAUGCCCGACAAAACGUUGAUCAACGACUUCCUCAUUCAGUUUUUUUCAGAAGUGUACACGACAAAAUGAGAACAAAACGUUAGACAAACUCUACUUUCAUAUGAGCCCACGACAUUUACAGCUACGAAACGUGACCGCAGUCUAACUGCCGUCAAUAUGAAUAAUCCUUAUAAUCUCA